AUGCGUCAUCGCGAUCUUGUUAUACAAUUAGUUAUGGUAUACCAAGCCACUCAAGGUUACACUCAAGAUGUAGUUCCCAGCGCUCAACUUGGAUUGUUACCAACCCCGCAGAACCCUUCACAUCUACGAAGUCCCCAACACCAUACAAACCACCAGCACCUUCAAAAUCCUCCACAAUUUCAACCCCCGCAACAUAUACAAAGUUCUCAACACCUUCAAAACGCUCCACAAUUUCAAACUCCCCAACACUCCCGUUUUGAUCCCAGAUUUGAUCAUUAUGACCACCACCACCAAAGACCCCGGACUCCUUUCAACGAACGUCCUCGAAGUGAAUCAAGCACACCGUUUUUCCAACCUCCCCCAGUUCAAUCCCCAUUGUUACCAACACCAAAUCAACCACCCCAACAAUUCACUCCAAGAAAAACUUUCAACCCAUUCGAACCGUUGGACGCUGAGAAAGAAAAAGAAAGAGAAGAAGACUCCUUCAAUAAAAGAGAUUUCAAUUACGGCCGAUUUGGAAGCGAUCGAAGUCGUUCGAAAUUCGAAAGAGGGCGUUUCGAUCGGAGGUUUGAAUCUAGAAGGGAUCGUUUUGGCUCAAAGACGCCGCGAAGGAGUUUGGACGAAGAUGAAUUCAAAAAUGUUAGUGUUAAAUCGGAGAAAGUUGAGGAAACUUUUACCUCACCCCUAGAGGCGCUUUAUUCAACACCGAAACCGGUUCUUUCCGCUUCGCAAGCUAAAGCUGCUUUGGACAAGUUUAAAAUCCCCAAGAAAAAACAAGACGAGAAAAAAGUUGAUGAAAUUAAAGAGAAAAAAGAUGAUGAAAGUGAUGAGGAUGAAGAUACACCUUUGAGUCGAAAAAUAAAGAGGAGGUUGAGGAUUAAGAUUGAUGAUGAUAGUGAGGAAAGCGAUGAGGAAAAAAAGAAAGGUGUUGAGGAGGUUAAGAAAUGUGAAGAUGUUGAAACUAAAAUUGAUGAAAAGGUUGUGGUUGAGGAAGAAAAAGUUGAAACUACAACGAGAAGAUUAAGAACUAGAGCGCCUAAAAUUGAAGUGAAGAAAGUUGAGGAAGAGAAAAAAGUUUCGCCUCAAAGAAGAAGUCAAAGAGUGCAAAAGAAAAAUUUGAAAUAUGCAUGUUCCAAAGAGGUUUCUCAAAAAGAAUCAGUGUCAGAAGAAAGUUUGAGUGAAAUUUCUGAAAAAGAGAUUCCUGAAAAUAAGUUGUCUCAAAACAACGAUUCAUUAAAAAUCGAUGAAAAAAAGGAAGUGUUAAAAGAAGAAAAGGUUGAAGAAAACGAAGAAAUUAGCACCGUAAAAGUCGAAGAAAAACCAGAAACUACCCAAAACGACGAAACACUCCCAGAAAAAGAAAAAGUCAAAAACGAACUCCUCGCCGACAUAAAAAAGAACCAUUUAAAAAUGGAAGAAACCGACGUCCUCCAAUUUAUAUUAGAAAACUAUAAAAAAAUCAAAAAGAUUCUUAAAAGCGAUAGCAGCAGCGAAGAUGAGAACGAAUCUAAAAAGAAAAAAGAUAUCAAAAAAAUUGAAACGGAAAAUGUUGAAGAAUCAAAAGACAUUCCAAAAGAAAUCAUCGAAAAAAUCGAACCAAUAGAAGAUGAAAAAAUAACCGAAAAAGAUGAUGAUAUCGAACUAGCGAUUAAUACAAGAUUGGGAAUGAAUACAAGAACCGGUAAACACCACCAAGUUGUUGUCAAAGCUAAAAAGGCAAGACGAAGUGAAUUGGAUAAGCUUCACGAUGAUAUCAAAGAGAUGUUGAUGGGGAAUGAAAUUAUGACGGUCGGUGGGAAAAGGACGUGCACGAUUACGAAAGAUGAUGAGAAGGAGAAACAAGAUGAUCAAGAUGAUGAGGAUGAAGAGGAGGAUGUUGAGAACGUAGAUUAUAUUAAACGUCAAUUUAAAACGUUGGUAAUCCUG